AUGGGUGAAACAGAGAACGAGAGAGUCAGCAAGCGUCUCAGCUCUUCCAAAGCACCACCAAUAAAGCACCCCAAGCUUCUGCCAAAUCCUCUGCUCCGCCAAGUCCGACGACGACCGGCACAGCUAAAUCUGUCCAAGACCAUCGUGGCACCCAGUACAGGUCCUCCUGCCUCUGCAACUACGAAGCCACCAAAGAUCAUGUCGGUUCGGGACAGACUCCUUCAGGGUAUCUCGAUGGAUCUUGGCCGCCUCCAACAGAAUCCUGCUGCGUUUGACCGCAUCUUUCCACCGCACAGGGCCGCCACCGCGACCAAGGGCAACUCGAAGCGCGCUUGCCAGUCAACAGAGAUGCUACUCGAAAAACUCCAUGCCGGGAGCAAUACAGAUCUGGACGACGAGGAAGAAGAAGAAGAAGCUGGGCAAUUCGAAAGGAAGAUGCGGAGCGUAAGAAAACAUAGCUAG